AUGGCAACGUCCUUCACGAGCAGCGGGGGGCGAGCAGCACUCUGCUUUGCUCGAGACGGCAGCUGGUUCCAAGGAUACUUUAUCUGCAAAUCAAGUCGCACACAGCUCGGUAUGAUGGGUGAAGAAAUACCUGUGGACGACUGUGUGGCGUGUCCAGAUGGAGGUUAUCAGGAGUACCGACUUACACUGAUGCAUUUUGCAGCCGACAAAGAGGUAGAGAUGGUGGUGAAGAAGACUGGAGGAGAUCUCUGCCAGCUGGACAGCGACGCGCUUCAGUUUCGGUCCUCGAUGCUGUUGACUGAUGACAGAGCCGUCGAAGCCAUCGAGCAAUAUUUUCCUAGCAUCGCAGAACGUGUCAAUCACGAUGCGACUUUGUUGCAGGAGUGCACGGUUUGUUUUGGUGACAUGGAGAUCACUGCGCUCGGUUUCUCAACGUGA